CCCAACUGGGCUAUCCCAGUUUAGGCACACUUUUUUAAAUAUUAUAAAUUUUAAAGUCAGUAUCGACACUCGAAAAUGGCAGACACAGCACCACCAGUAAGAGUUGUGCCAAGUGGCAAAGUCUAUCGACAAAUGUUCGAUGCUCAGGUCCAGCUUACAAGGACUUUGACAAAAAUGAAAAGAGAGGACACACAGAAAACAUUUGACAGACAGAGCACCAAUGUAGGAAUACCAUUGGUGAGACUUAAGAAGGAUGAAGUUACACAUGGACUGUUGACAGAGCGACAACGUACUUGGGCAGAUGGAUUUCCAAAUGAUCCUUAUGUUGAAAAUCCUGUAUUACACAAGCAGUAUUCAGAAUUUGUAAAUGCAACAAUCAGAGAAAUGGAUGGAACUGCUGCUGAAAAAGAAGUCAGUGGUUUGCCUGAAGAUGUUGUACCGACUAAAGUAGGAUCAGACAUUAUCGACAGAAUUGCCUCCAGUAGAAGACAAAGACAUGAAGAAGCAGUAGAAGACAUGCACCAGGAACUCAGUGUCAUCAAUGAUAACCUUGAGCCUCGAAUCACAGAAUGCAGUGAGUUCAUGCUGGAAAGACUACAUGAUAAUGACAAAGAUAUAGAGAGAAUCCUUGCCAAAAUCAGCACAGAUGAGGACAUACUCUCCUAUAGUCUGGAUGGCCUUCAGUCCCUUUGGGAGGAAGUUCAAGGCCACUCCAAGGUUCGGCAAGAAUGGAUAGAGGAACUUGACCAUCAGCUGACCAAGGCAGAAGAUGACCGAAUGGAUCUGAUUAAGACAGUAUUUGUGAACUAUGCCAAGUCCCUGGAGAAGAUUGCCCACAUGAUGCCACCAGAUCUUUAUAGGUUUCUUGACCAGGAGUCACAGGUUAUAAACCAAACAAUGCUGAGUAACAGAAGAGCCUAUUCUGACCUGUAUGUCAGACUGAUGUCUACCGAUAUUGAGAGAGAACAGUCACAACACACAAUCUGGAAACGUCGCCUGGAGGACUGGAAAAAACUGAAAACUGAUCUAGCCAUUCAGCACUUUAGAGACUUCAUGCAAAGUGAGGAGGUAGUGUCGCCCCCUGGUGUCCAAAAGGUGCUCAUGUUUAUGUAUGCAGAACAAGAAAUCCUGAACAAAAGAAGGACUGACCUGAUUGAACAGCUUAGUGAGUUGCAGCCUCCAGCCUCUACCAAAACAGCAGUGUAUCAGUGGAACAAAAAUAUUGUGGCUGUCACAACAGAGAUAGAUUCAGUGAACCAGGUCCAUAUGGCCAAGCUCCAUGAUGAAUAUGAACGAGUGUGUCAGAAAUGUCUGGAGAGAAUUGAAUUAAUCAAGACAAGUCUAUUGGAUGAUGGAAUUGUGACAUCUACCAGAGUCCAGCAGGUGAUUGAUGAUGACUUACUUCCCCUUGUUGGUGAGAGACAGCGAGUGUUUGAACAAAAUCUGGACACAAUGGAUAGAGCCCUUGAGACUCACAACAAUUUGUCCAAUGAGAAGCUUAGGUCCCUGUUUAAAUAUGCCCAAGGAUCAGCUCACGUGUGGGAUGUCCAUGAGAUUGGGCUUGCCAAGCAGGAGAGAGCACUACAAGAGAAACUGGAGGUUUGUCGCCACCAACAUGACAACCAGAAUCAGGAGAAAGAAGCCAACCUUGACAUUAUCAUGGACCGCAUGAGGCAGGAUGCAUCAGAAGCUUUACUCAAAGAAAGCCUGAACAAGGCACUUGACAAACUUGACAAGAUCAAAGCUGCGUAUGAGGUGUUCCACAAGGACCAGGCAGUUAUUGUUCAGCAGUAUCCAAACAUGGUGAAGGAGGAGCUGAAAAAUUAUGACCAAGCUGUCUGUCGAUUCUUCAUGGUCGAUCGCCAUCCUGAUACAUUGAUGAAAAGACAUCAACAGGUCAGACUUAAAGAGGAACGCUCUAAAAAAGGCAAGAAAACUCCACGAAAAUUCAAAGGAAAGGAAAGAUCUUUGUUGGAGCGAGAGAGCACACUGCCAGCAGCCAUCACUGAGACAUUGUCUACAGACAAAGGCACGCUUUUUUAUGUCCUGACAGUGGCAGGAGAGCAUGGGGUACCCCCGGGGUCAGAUGAGUCUGCCGAUGAAGUUGUUUCAUCUCCCCAGGAAACCCUUUUCCUCACAGAAACCCCCCAGACUUCGGAGUCCCAGCCAGAAUACAUCAGAGCAAUAGACAUUCCCGACAAGCUUCUUCUAGAUGUGAAACGCAGGAUCAGAAUCAAUUUUCUGAACCAGUUGGAAGAAUGGACAGAACAGGCCAUGCAGCGGUCAGAGAGUGUGGUUGUGGCCAAGUGUGAGGAGCUGAACAGUGAGCUUGACCUUAGACUGCAUCUCCACAAACCUCGUGCUAGGAGAGCAGAACUGGAUGUACACAAUGUCAGAGCUGCGGAGUUGGUGAUGCAUUCCGAGCGUGUACAGAGGCACACCAAGGGGAUACAACAGGCUCUCAAUGACCAGCGACAGAAGUUCACCAAGAUGACACUUGAACACAACAAACUAGCAGGCAAAUUUAGAGAGGAUAUUGAGUCGCUGGAGACUGUCUUUGUAAAUGCUACAAAAUCAUCAAGACUGAUUUCCCUUCAGAACCAGCUCAGUGUGGAGUUAGAGAAAUUCAUGGGCAUCAUUCGUACUUCUCUUAGAGAGUUUCGCACGAAACUAGACGAGACCCUGCAGAUGUUACGAGAGUCCAAUGCUCGCUUUAUUAAGUCAUUCAAGGUUUUCUCAGAUGGAGGUAAUUUUUGUCCAGAAGAAAUUAAUGAUUACCGUAAAAAGUUGGAGAAGAUGUCCGACAAGAUUGACUCAGCUGAAGGAUCCAUUAUGUCAGAUUUAGAGGGCAUGGAAUCCAAACGUUUGGAACAGGCCACCAAAGUCGCAAUGGAGUUUGAAGACAGAUUUAAAAGUCACAUGAUUGACCUCAUUUUCAUGGAGAAGAUUGCCCGCUGGCUGACCAACACACAGGUGAAGAUCAAGGCCGAAGUGGCCAGUAGUAACUCUCAGGCCCAGCAGCUCGCUCAACACCUCAACAAUGUAGACCGAAGGAUUGACGCAUGUGCACGCCCUAAUUUGGACAAGGAGCUCGCCUUGAAAGAAGUGCAAAUCACAUCAAGUCAGCUAAAUGAGUCCCUGAAAUUGGUGUUUGAGGCAUUUUUCGCAAGGAGUGCUUAUCUCAACGCUAUCAAAGAUCCGAGUCCUCGUCCGUCAUCAGCUCUUCAGGGAAACCCUGCCCUAGGUGCAAGGGUAGCCUUCCUGUCUGAGGUCCAGCCGACACCUAUCAGUAAAGCAGGAAAACAACCCCUGGAAGACCCAUCUGUGGGUGUUAUCAAAAACAUCCUCAAACAACAGAAAAGCAAACUGAGGUUUGGUAUUGAUGCUGAGUUAGAUGGAGAAGCUAUUCAAAUGGGCCAGCAGCAGGUUGAGAUGACUGCUCGAGAGAAGAUGAAAUCUUCCAUGUCCACAAACACACCUUCCGAGAAAUCCAAGCAAACCAAUCGCAAGAGCCAACAGGGGGUCUCAGAAAACCCACCUAAAAGAGUUCAGUCAGGGAUGGACGGCGGAAGCUUUUCUACACCAACCCAUCAACGUUUGAGAAGGAGUAGCAAGUCAACCAAAUUUGACAGAAAGUACCUGAUAUUUGGAGAGAAAGAUGAAGAAGGCGAGGAGAAUCAUCUUCUGGGCAUCAUUAAAAGGACGCUUCGAGAGGCUCUGGAUGGACUCCUUACAUCAGGGGAGAUGUACUAUCGCCAGAAGGGAAAUCGCAUGGUGACACGACCACAGGCCCUUCAGGAUAACUUUGACCAGUUUGCUGAAGUUAUCACACAAAAACUGUCCUCCUACUUCACUCAGGCAGAUGAGUACCACAACCAGUGUUUACAAGAGUAUCGCAGUCAGCUGACCACUUUAGAACAUUCUGUUGCCCAUAUUCCUAGUCUAGUGAUAAAGGACUUGCUGAAUGAGGAGAUCCAGAAGUGUACUCUAGCCAGACAGACUUGUACUGACCAGUUUACUAAGACCCUUGGUCAGCUGGAGAAGAGACAGAAGGAACAUGAACAUCUACUUCGACCAGUGCUCGGCCACCCACACCAGGAAGAUGGCAUGAAAAACUUGUGUAAAAAGGAGACAGAACGCCACAAUGACUAUAAUACUGCAGUGGAGAAACACACCAAGGAAUUACAGGAUCUCACAGUAGAGCAUGCCAAGAGGUUCUUAGAGAUAUUGGCAAGGUCAUCAGAGAAUCAACUGCUUCAGUACGACAAUCUGUUGGUAGUGGAUGACAUUGAACGAGGACGCAUUGAUGCCAAGAAGUAUCCGACCAGUGAGCUAAUCCGAAGGAGAAAUGCUGGUCUUCCAUUGGAGGAUAGUGAUGAUAAAGAUGCCCUUCCACGGGGAAAAACGGUGUGGCCGGGUAUUCCCAAUAAUGAGUUGGUGGUUGGAACUCCUCCGGCUAAGGUUCAAACCACGGCAUCUGUGACUACCGCCAAGACAACAUUAGGUCACAGCUCCGUUGUCAAGGGUCGUGAUUCUGCCUAUCAUGAUUACAAGGUUCAGUUUGCAGACACUUUACAAUCCAUUGAGGAUGAAAAACAGAGGCUUCUCCAUGCUGAAGAUCGCUGGAUGGAAAGUUGGAACAAAAAUAUUGAAAAAGUCAGAGAACUCUUCUAAUUUUCUAACACUAUGUUGCCAUCUUUAUUGGAAACAUUUGUUACUGUAUGAGACUCGUAUCAUACAAAUGUGUUUAUUUGUAAAGCUCUGUGGAAAUAUAUCAUUUAAAAUUGUCAAUAAGCAACAAGAUCUGUUCAAUUGUUUUAUUUAGAAAGCAUGGAUGUGAAUGAUAGAACAAUUUUAAGAUACAUGUGCAUUUAAAUAAGGUUUACAUAUUGUUGCAAAUAAUAAAAAACAGGCAGAAACCCUUAAGCAUAUCAAUAUAUGUCAGCUGAACGCCUCAUGAGGAAAGGAAUUUUCAGACACAGGAAGGAAUUUGAAGCAGUGUUUUCAUUUCCAGGAACAGAGAUCAGAGCUAUCUCUCCAUCUAUAUACAUGACUUUCACUCCAUUCUUAAGGUUUAAAAAAUUUAGAAAUUAAAUUUAUUUCUUGCACAGUGUAAAUAAUCUUUAGUGCUAAAAACAGAAGAACAGUUGCAAAGCACUGAAUGGAGAUUUGAAAAAUAUGGUAUAAUAUUUUAGAUAUAGGUAGCCUUGUUUACACAGUGUACAAUGAUAUGAAACUUACAAAGCCAUUACCUAUGAUAUGAGGAAUGUACAAUCAAAAAGAUAAAAGAUUGAUUAAAAAGUUUGCAUGAAAUAUCUCUUUGUUAAACCCAUGUUUUCUUAAUAUGAUUUGAUAUACAUUUUUGAAAAUUGAUAUAAAUGUAUGUUGACUUAAUUGAAUUGUAAAUGGACUGAAAAUGCAAUAGUACUAUUUUAAGAAGUAAUGCUUAUUCUAUAUAAACAGUUUUUUUAUUAAUCAUACCACACUUUUCAGAUAGGCAUUUCUUAUCUUAAACAUGUAGGUCAAAUUACACACUUCAGAAAUCAAAGAGAAUUUACACAAUUUGCUUGAAUAAUUACUUUUUUGUUGAUUUUUUGUUAGGAAUUUGAAAAUUUUCCUGAAAGGCAAGUUUUGCAAUUCACCACACACUAAGAUGAUCUUUGAUAUGAUCAAUUCCGUUAAGAAUCUGUUUGCAUUCAGACCCUUAACUGUGAUAUCAUUGCUUAUAUUUCAAUGUGCCUGUACAUUUAUAUUUGUCAUCUAUUUAUAGAACGAAAUAAAAGUCAGAA